CCCGCCACCCGGGCGCCGCCGGAGCUGCUGCUGCUCCUGAAGCCGCCGGGUGGUGGCGGCGGCGGUGCUGGCGCCUGCUUUCCCGCCCUUCCUCUUCUCCCCCUCAGAGCGCGCUUGACCGCCCAGUGGCCGCUGCCGCCUCGGGGACUCCGCGCUUGGGAGUCGGAGGGUGGGGGAGAAGCUGCUGCUGCCGCUGAGGCGGCGCCAUCCCCACCACGCUUGGCCGCUCUCCUCCUCGGCAUCUUUCCUUCGCCUCACGCUGCCACCCCUCCCCACCCCCGCCAUUUUCAGCCGGGAAGCGGAGAGGACUUUGCAGAAACCAACUUUUGCCGGCCUGCUCUUGCAAACUCCGCCUGACUUUCUCCCUCUUUCUCUCCCCCUCUUUGCCUCUUCCUCCCUCCGCGCUGCGGGAAGUUGUCGAUGAGCGCCCCGCCGGUCAUCCGGCCGCCCAGCCCCUCGCAGCCGGGCAGCGGCGGCGGCGGCAUCUCCUUCCACCUCCAGAUCGGCCUCAGCCGGGAGCCGGUGCUCUUGCUGCAAGACUCCUCGGGGGAGUUCAGUCUGGCCCAUGUCCGGGAAAUGGCAUGCUCCAUCGUCGACCAAAAGGUGAGGCGCCUCCUGUUGGGUGGGUGAGCUUCUUUCCUUUCUCCCUCCGUCCCUCGCCUUCCCACUCCCCAAGCCUUUGGAUUGUUGGGAUCGAGUGCCUCUGAGCGUGUGCAGAAUGCCUGCCGAUCCUACCCCGGCAGCUGUCCACACGGGUUUUGGCUUUUUGGGGGGAGGCGGAGUAAAGCGACAAGAAAGCGUUAGUUUCAGAGAAGUCUACACCCCGGGGACCUACUAUUUAUUUUGGAAAUGCGAUGGUGGUCUCAAAUGCACGUGUGACUAUAGUCCCACCGCUUUGUCUGCUAUGAAUUAAUUGAGCCGAAGGUCCCAGGGCAGGUUACUGCAUUGCAACUCAUCCUUCAACUCAUCCUCCCCCGCCCCUUAUACUUUUCGUUGCAACUUGUGCGUCUCUGCAAGGUUGCGAUUGCUACACGCGGCGUCCGGUUUCUUUUAACCCCCCCCCCCCCCAAUUUAACAGAGGUACUGCUCCCCACUCGAUCUCCUCCCCAGAGUUUUGAAAAAGCGGGGAGUUUGGAAAGAAGACGGGGAGGGGCCGUUUUGAGGCAGGGGCUCCCCUGCAGCUGUCUAAAUAAUAACAACCCGGCCCCGCAGGACCCGCUGGGGAAGGAAAGUUUCCACUUUGCAAGCCAGAAAACAAAACAAAGUCGGCACGCUUGGUAGGCUGAGCUCAGGCCAGCAAUUCGACGCCCGCAAGCCGGCGCUGGGGCACGUGGGAUGCCAGCUCUGACCUUGCGGACGGGAGCUUACCCGGCCUUUUGGUUAUGGGGAGAGGCAGGCUGAAAGGUGAGGAGGGUAGGAUGGCCGCAAGGAAGGGUGCUAGGCACCCAGUCCUGAACAAGUUUACUCAUAACAAGCCCCAUCCAUCCCCGCCCCCGCCAAAGAAUAAAUGUACUGUACAUAGAAUUGCAGCCUUAUAACUCAUUUUUAUGCCCGCCUGCUCAGAAGUAAGCACUGUUCAGUUCAGCCUUAAGUUGCAAUCCUGUUUACAGCUUACCUAGGUGAAAGUCCCCUUGAACUCACAUGGGCUUUACUUCUCUGUAGGCAAAUAGAUAAUAUGGGCGAGGAAUUUUUAUACUUCACACACUUUUCAGCCGUCUUGCUCAUUCCUCAAGUGAACUGCAGACCUUAAAGUGCUGUCACACACUUUCAGUGUCCUUUUCUUAUUACUACCUCCCAACACUUCUUAAAUGUGCUCUGCCCUGUUUUAACCCCAUCCCCUCCAGUGUCAAUACUUUGAUCUCCCCUCCCCAUGCAUGAGUCAAUUUGCUGUCUUUUAGUGAAUACUGUAAAGCAGGGCAGGGAACUUGUAGUCCUUCCAUGGCUGCUGAACUCCAACUCCCAUCAGCCCCAGCAAGCAUGGCCAAUGGUAAGUGAUGAUGGGGGUUGUAGUGCAGCAAAUAUCAGGCGGGCCACAGGUUCCCCAGCCCUGCUGCAAAGUUUGAAUGGGAGAUGUGUGAGGCAUACACUUGACUGAGGAAGAGACUAGUCAGAGCUCACAACCAGCACACUUGUGGAGUGUUCAUUGUUAUUUAUACCAUUUCCACCAAGUAGACCUGUGUGUGCCUUACAUGUGGUUUCCAGGUGGUCUCUCAUCUAGGGCCAACCCUCCCUUACUGCAAAUUGCAAAACAGAAUGGUUCUGCCAUCAGGCUAUUUUGUUGGUAGGCUUGACUCUUCCCCUUCGAAAACGAUGAUGUUUGCUUCAGGACAUGCAGUCACACAGGAAACCUUCAGGGACAGUCUUAUGGCAUGAGCCAAUUUCAACACCAUAUAUUCAGGUGUGUGAACGGGACCGAGAAGGCAGCAACUGAUGGAGUCUGUUGGCUAUGAAAGUUUGGCUUACUAGAAAUCAGGGAGUCUAGGGGAGCACCAAAACCAGCACACUCACAUAUCACUGUUUGCUGAGUUUUUGCCAUCUUGGCAAACUGUCAUUUGUUUCCUAUAUAGUUCAGUUUCCUUCCUGCUAAAUUUCUGUCUUUGUACCUUCUUUUUUGGGGGGCAGGGGGGAGGUAGGUCAUGAUGCUGCCAAAUAGUAAUAAAAGUCCUGGAUUUCUAAUUUAUCGUGUGCAGCUGUUCUUUUUAAUAUCCCUCUAAUGACAGUGUGUCAUGAUGUCAAAAGGAACAAGAAAAUCUGGUCUAUAGACAAAAUAAACUGUAGAGUUUAGUAAAUUCUUAUGUCUAUGACAUGCACCUUUUUAAUAUUUCUUGAAUAAACCAGAAAGUUGGAUAUGCAAUGGACAGUAGGUUCUUAUAUACUCUGAUUUGACCAGUGCAUCGUACAAUUUUGUAUAGCUCACAGUGUGUGUGUGUGUGGGGGGGAUAUGCCAGUCAGAUACAAUGCUUAGACAACGUCCCACCUUAUUUUACUCUUACCUAUGUUAGCCAUGACCUAAAUUGCCACACUCUCUUCCUGUUUCAUAGAUUUAUUUGUUUGUUUUAUUAGGAGUCAGAGCAGGAUAAAAAGAGUUCAGUCCCUUUGUAGCAAUUCGGUAAAACUGAGCGGUGGUGAUUUGCUCAAGGCCAUCAAGUGACCUUCAUGGCCGAGUGAGUGUUUGAACAGGGACUUCCCACAUCAAAGCCCAACACUCUGUCCAAUAUUCUACACUGCCUGUAAGUAGAUGGGGUGUCUGUGUGGGUAGCUAGCUAUAUAUAGUUUGCAACUUUUGAAGCAGAGCUGAGUUAGUGUUUCAGCAUACUCUGCAAUGAGAAAAGGGGGAAAGAAAGAAAAUCAAGUAAAAGGUUGAUGUGAAAUUGCAGGAUGGUGGGGUGAGGGAAAAGAUGUCUGUGUACUGUUGUUUUUUGACCUUCUGUUUAAAUUGCAUUUUUUUAGCAGCAAGCUGUUGUGGGUUUGAACACUGGGGAAAUGUGAAAUCGAGCAACAGAAACAGUACUGCAAGGAAAGAUAUGCCAAUGCUGCAUAACAAAUCAGUGCCGACUGCAUAUCUAUUAUGUGGAAAAAAAAAAUGACAGCCCGAAAAUCUCUAAGGUGCCAAAGCACUUCUAGUCAUGGAAAGUUGUGGAAUAGCUAUUGGAAAUCAUUACGAUGCCCUAAAAACAUAAUAUCCUGUUUGGUUAGAUAGAUGUAUGAUGAAAACAGAUAUUCUUGUUCCAGGCAAUCACAGUUCCAAGGAGCAGUCAUGCAAGUUUCACAUGCUUUAUGCAGUUUUGAUUUUAACAUUUUGCUGGGAGGGGACACCUCCUAGCCACACGCAGAUGAUUCUGUUAACCGAAGGGUGGAGAAUGAAACUUUUUAGAUUGUGGAGGGGAAAAUGGCAGCAGCACAAAUAUGGAACAUAUGUGUACUUGCUGCCCAUUUUCUUUCCUACUGGAAAGAUUUUGCCUGAAAACGCUCAAGCAGGAUCCAGGAUAUAAGGUGCGGGAUUUUUGGUAUCACUGUGCCAAAACCUGUCAUCCCAAUUUAUUGAAAGCUUCCUCCAUGAAAGAGGUUCCUGUUCUCCUGCCAUAUUCACAAGGUGCUUUAGAUUUUUUGGGGUGUGUGUGUGUAUAGGGUUCAGCUCACCUUACCAUGGUGAGGUAGCCAAAGUGGUUUGUGUGUGUUCCUUUCCAUGAAACAUUUAUCCCGAGCUCUUCAACCUUCCCAGCUGCCUGUACGUACUGAUCUAAAAAAAAAGGGAAGAGUUGCCUCAUGUUGCCUUCCCUUUAAUUGAAGACGGGGAAGCUAAAGAGGCUUAAUACCAUACUUCUGGGAUUGGUGCACUCUCUGAUUUCAUAGUUAAGAGAAGUCUUUAUUUUGACUUUGACAAUCCCUACUCCUGCCCCCCGGUACUCACUAAUUUCUUUAAAAGUUCACUUUAAAAAAUUACAAUGAAAUGACAUUCAGAAGCAUGGUAGAUGGCCUCCAUGGCUUCCUGCUCUUACAGAAAAGCCCAGCCAAGGCUGUUAAGAAGUUUUCAGGACGUGUGAGCACCUGGGGAGGCUGCAGAGCACAGACUACUGGAGAAAGAGCACUUGCACCAUCCCUCAGUCACAGAGCAACAUAGGAAGCUGCCUUAUACUGUCCACGUAGCUCAGCCAAACUGACUGGCAUUAAUUCUCCAGGAUAUCGGACGGGGAGUCACUCCCUGUCCUAUCUGGAGAUGCUGGGGAUUGAAGCUGCAUGCAAAGCAGAUGGUGAACCACUUAGCUAUGACUCUUCCCUAGUUGGUCCUACACUGGUUUUCAGUGUUUAGUCUGCUUCUCUAGGUCCUGCUCCCCUCUUUGGUCCUCAUCUCUGGAAUGCAGAGUUACUGGCAUUAUGAAAAGAAAGGGCUAAGUUUUCGCCUUCUAGGUGGUAAAGUGAUAGGAGUUGUGAGAAGGCAAGGUAAACAGCACAUUCUCUUGUUCUGACACCUGCAGUGUGCUUAGCAUGCUUUUUGAUGCUUAUGAAAAGCUUGUUCUUGGGGGACAAAUUGAGCUUGGUGCAAAUGGCUGUGAUGAUAAGUAUGUCAGGUCCCAGGCUGCCCUGGACAAAAGGGAUGUGAGGGUAGGCAGGAGUCUUUCAAGUGGGCUGGUGCUGAAUUUCAGCCUGGGGAAUUGGCAGGUGACCUCUGUGCAUAAUGAGGGUAAUUGAAUAGCACUUAGUCAGCAGCCUGAACUAUCUAGUUAUAGAACCGCUGAAGACAAAGAUGCUGUAACACUGGAUAGAAAUCGUUACCUGCUUUGGAACCAAAGUAUGCAGCCACUAUAUUUUGUAUUUAAUUUGUGAUUUUGGAAAAAUCCAAAAUCUUGUGACUGACUGGUUCUAGGAAGCAGAGGAGGACAUGCUUAAGGCUUGUGGGAUCUGCUUUGUGUUUUGCUAGAACCAUGAGAUUAAUAAAAUGGAGCCUUGUGCAAAAGGUAUACAUUUAGAAUUAAAUAAUAUGGUGUCUCUGAGCGCUGCUGAGCACAGGGACUCUGGGCUGAUGUAAUCCUGUUGAUUUCCCUGAAUCUUUCAUGGUUUUGAUCCUUAAACUAUGGUGUCCUUCUGGAAUAGGGUAGGGGUACCGUACUUUGAAAUUCAGUACCUACUUUGCUGAGAGUUUCUAGAAGGUUAAUCUGAGAUAUUGUUGUUCCUCCUCUUAGAGCCCUUGAUCUGUACCAUGUUGCUUAAUAUCUAGAUGAAACCAGUAAAUGAGGUCAUUUUGAGGUUUGGUGUGGGUUUUCAUCAUUAUGUGGGUGACAUCCAUCUCUGUCUCCCUUUUCCAUCUGGUCAAGGUGAUGCAUUCUCUGUUUUCUUCAUUAAAUGAAAAUACUCGGUUGCAUUUUAAUAGAAGCUUCUGGUUUGCAUAUGGUUUCUAUUUUCUAGUCCCCCAAAUGUUGGCAGAUUAAUUUGUGCAUUGUGUAUUGUUACAGGAGUUUACCCAUAAUUUUAAAACCGUGUCGUGAGUUGGAAAUGGGUUAAUCAUCCCACCCACCCCCUGCUUUCCCACUCUAAAUUGCUCAAUUCUUGCAUAGGAAGAAAAUAUGUUUGUUUUUGUCCUUGGAUACUUAGGUAUAUUUUAAAAAAUAAAAAUGAAGAGAAUUGUAUGUUGUGUUAAAUCUAAGGAUACAAUCCUGUGUAAUAAUAAUAAUAAGAAGAAUAAGAAUAGGAUGCAAUCCUAUGCACUUGAAUACAGUGUCCUUUACUCCUGCAGUACCUCAAAGGCUACCUCUCCCCACAUGAUCUGCAGACCCUCAAGAACCACUUCUCCCCAAAUGAACCAACCCAGAUUCAGCAAUCAUCAGCUGAGGCCCUUCUUUGUGUGCCACCUCCACAAGUGAUCUGGAGGGUGGCAACAUGGGAAUGGGUCUUUUCUGCAGUGGCUCCCUGUUUGUGGAAUGCUUUCCCCAGGGAGGCUUGCCGGGCGCCUUCCUUACAUAUAUUUUGGAGCCAUGCGAAAAUGCUUCUCUCUAACCAGGCCUUUGGCUGAUUAAUGUCCAAUGGCCUUUUAAAUGUGCUCGUGAGGAGAUUAUUGGUUUGUAUUUGUAUUUGUCUUAUUAUAUAUUCUGUGUUCUCAUUUUGUAUUUUUAUGUUGUGAACACCUCUGUGAUCUUUGGAUGAAGGGCAGUAUACACAUGUAAUAAUAAUAAAAUACAGUACUUCAGUGUAGCUUUUGUGAAAUACAAUGCAGACACUCUUAACAAGAUAUCUAAGUAAAUUGGCAUAAGAGUUCAAGAAAUAAAUUCUAAUGGGGAAAGGUGGGAAUGAUCUAGAAGUGGGAUAGUGCAUCUUUAAUGAUGUGCUAACUUUUGUAUGAAAAAAGUAAGCACAUAAUCUAUAGAAGAUCACACGAUAAAACUGCCUCUCUAGAAGGGUUCCGAGUUUCUUAGUUCAGUGUAGGUUAAACUUUGUAGUUGGAAUUGUAUUUUGAUAUGUUAUAGGAAGCCAGUGCAUAUUCUGCAUAGUUGAUACAAUGUGAUUCCAGGUAUUCUGUAUUCUGAAAAAUGAUGUCACAUAAACUUGUAUCGCUUGUAAAUCUGUAAACGUUUUGUGAAUACAACAUGGUUGUGUGCUGUUUCCACAGGGAAGUGUCAUACUUAAGGUAAAGGUAAAGGGACCCCUGACCAUUAGGUCCAGUCGUGACCGACCCUGGGGUUGCGGCGCUCAUCUCGCUUUAUUGGCCGAGGGAGCCGGCGUACAGCUUCCGGGUCAUGUGGCCAGCAUGACUAAGCCACUUCUGGCGAACCAGAGCAGCGCACGGAAACGCCGUUUACCUUCCCGCUGGAGCGGUACCUAUUUAUCUACUUGCACUUUGACGUGCUUUCGAACUGCUAGGUUGGCAGGAGCAGGGACCGAGCAAUGGGAGCUCACCCCGUCACGGGGAUUCGAACUGCUGACCUUCUGAUCAGCAAGUCCUAGGCUCUGUGGUUUAACCCACAGCGCCACCCGUGUCCCUAGUGUCAUACUUGCUCACACAUAUAUUUUAAAUCUGCUCUACAAGUGAUUAUGAAGUUAAUCUGAUUAGAUUUGCACUGCAAGGAUCUUCUGACAAUUGUUAUUUAAAAAAAUUCUGAACAGAAGAUGAAAGCAUCUAGGAAAAAAUUGCUAAACUUCAAUUAGUUAUGCUAAAUUUCCCACCUAUUUUCAAUGUAUCAUGAUUAAUCCCAGAGUAUGGUUUUACAGCUAAAUUACAAUAUCAGUUACCUAUAAGUAAGUUCCACUGAUUUCAGUGGCUUUGGAUGUAAGAAAUCCAGCUUUAUAUCCUACUGUGUUCUGAAGCUCACUGGGUAACUUUGUGCAAGUUUCAGCACAACUUAACCUAACAGGGUCAUACUGAGGAUAAAAUAUACCCCCAUGUAAACUGUUGGAGGAAGAUCAGUAAGCUUGUGUCUUUUGAAGUUGGUUGGGUUUUAGUGUUUAAGCUUGCAUCUUUCCCACUGACUUGUUCAGGAAUAAGUGCUUUUAAUCAUGUACAAAAGUCCUACCAAUGAAAAGCAGCUAUUAUCUCACUGUAUGCAAUGAUGGAACAAUAACUUCCAUAUGAAAGAAAUAUGGGCUUCAGACUAAGUAAGCCUCAGCAUGUCUCAUUUAAAAAUUAAGACAUAUUAGCAUAAGUUCUUGAACCCAUAAGUUUUUGAAAAGGACAGCACACAAUCCUAUUGCUUUCCUAUGCUAUGAUUUUGUUAUUGUUUUGCUAUAUUAUAAAAUUGUUGCAAUGUUAUUGUUUUGCUACGUUGUUGUGAAAUUUUUGUAGCAUUUCUUUGAAAUGCAUCCCUGUUUCUUUGUUGUAAGCCACUUUGAGCCUGAUGUUGCAUGUGUGUGGAAAAGCAGCGAUAUUGGCCUUUACAGCCACAGCAGGCUCUGUAAUUCAACAAUUUGACUUGACCCCCAAAGAUGCACUCUUCCAUUUUGUCUCCUGAGACAGAUGCAUUCCAACCUUCUGACUGUGCAGCUGUUGGGCAGUUUGUCUGAGCCCCAAAGACAACAGUUGCACCUUUGCAGAAAGACACAGCUGCUAAGCUUGGUGCUGAGAGACCAGCAGCCCAUCAUCUCUGACAUACAGAUAUGGCUAUGUUGGGGGAAGGAGAGAAUUACUGUAUCUGACUGCAUCCCAGCUGGAGUCAUUACCUGACUUGUUCUGCAUGGUUCCCUCCUGCUUCCUGAGUCUGAAGUACCAAAACAAACAAAUAUAAUGAAAUUGUCUUUAAUUGUAUGCCUCCCUUCUUUAUUCAACCUUUGAUCAGGGGGCCUCCAACCUUCAGCCCAUAAUGCUAGAGAUGCCACUGAAGAGCAACUACAAAUAUGAAAAAAUAACACUAAAGCCUAUAUACUAUAUACUUUAUAUACUAUAAAGCCCUACUUAGAUGUUAAAAAGUGACUUUUGAAAGCCACAGGAGACCUAUGAGUUCAUGAUUAGAUAUCUACCUUUUGGUUAUUCACAUGGACAAACCAUUGCUGGCCUGGGAAGUUUCUGGCGUGUUUGCCCAGUGUUCAAGUGUUGGUGGACAGACUGCUGCUUCUAUUUUGGUCUCCUGGCACUUGGGAAUUCAAAUGCUGACAGCAGGGUACAUUUGGCACACUUGUUUGAGCCAUAUGGAACAAUUUGCUCUGUGUACCCGGAUUGUGAUGCCCAUGCUUUGUGCUUGUGGCAUAAAUGCCUUUGUUUUGUGUGUGUGUGUGUGUGUGUGUGUGUGUGAGAGAGAGAGAGAGAGAGAGAGAAGAGUUUAAGGCAAAAAUCUUAACCUCAAGGCCUCCUUUCCUACUUUAAAUGUACCCUUGUGACUUGAGAAUUGAUUGAAGCUUUAGAAUGAUACAAUAGUUUGCAUAAAGUUGACUUCGUUUUGAAUGUUUUUUUAGGAUGAGGUAUAUCUAAAGUUUUUGGUAUGUUACUGCUGUAUGUUACAUGUGUGCGGAAUGACAAAGAGUGGAAUGCAAGUUUUCUGAGACUCUGCUUGAGCAUUCACAGUUAAAGUUUGCAACUGAAGAAGCAUGAGAACCACAAACUUUGAUGAGUUAGAAUUGUAGUACAGUGUGCAUUGACCUGAUAUGCUAAAAUAAACAAGAACUUUUGUUUGAUCUUUUUUUUUUAACGAAACCUUUCACAGUAUGAAAUGCUUUUUACACAUCUGUAUAUGUUUAUAAAGACUCUGGUCAAAGAUAAUUGCUAAUACAUAUUCUUUGAGUUGUUUAUCAUGAAAAUAUAUUGUUACAGAGGUUGUGCGCCACCCCACAAUCUUUGCCAGGAGGUAGGUAGCAAGAUUCCAGGUGGUUUCAGGCGCUUACUCAGGGUCAUGUUUCCAUUGGGAAUUUGGGCACAUCAGAGACUGUAGUGUUUUAAGAUAUAUGGUUUAUUUUACACCUAUAUACACCUGGGUCUAGGUGGAAGAAGUGAGUUCACAGCAUUAUAUCUCGAGAGGGUCUUGCUCCCCACAGCAGCACAGCUGCCCAAGGCAUCCCGCCCACCAUUCCUGUGGCUCUGUCCCAGCCUGCCAAGAUGGUUCUGCCCCACAUGACCUGUGUCUGGAGUUCUGGCACCUCCUUCCCAGAAAACCCCUUUCCAAGCAAUUACCACCUUCUGUGACAAUUUUCCUCUGUGACACCACACCCGCGUUGCCCUGGAAACCUUUCCCUCUGUUACGUGUAGGUUUUUUUCUUCUUGUGGAUGGCUUAAUGGCAGAACUAUCAUCUCUCUCUCUGCACCUCUGACUGGCAGAAAAACCAGUUAAGCAUACCAGCUUUGAUUAAACCCCAGUACCCAAGAACCUAGGGAUCUGGGGGGUCCCUGUUCCCCCACUAACCCAUAACGAUACAUUUGUUAUGCAUUGUAUUUAUGCAAUCAUGUUCUCAGCUUAUAUGGUAUUAUAUGAUUAUAGGCCCUUUUCUGAAAUUCAGGAUGUUAGAGAAUUUUUAUGCUACAACUAUCCUCCCGUCAAUCACAUAAUGUCACUAUGAUAUCACAUGAUUAACACACAGGUUGCCCCACCCACCUUUCAAAAUGUGCAAACAGUGCUUGAUUUAAGGCAGUCCCCACCGCAGGGAUGACAGAUCUGAGCAAACUAGAGUAACACAUGACCUUCAAUUCUGCUUCUUUCAUUGCUGCAUAAAGGACUGCAUUCAGUUUAAACUGGGAUGUGUAAAACUGCAUCAGACUAGGACCCCUUUGUUAUGAGUAGUAUAAGUCCCCAGUGGUACUUGCCCAACUCCAGGCAUGUCACCAUCCCCGGAUCUGGAACAAAGCAUUUUCAUUUUCCAACAACUGGAAAUAUUUGGAAAAUGUGAUUUUCCUAAAGUUGUGUUUUUCUUUCAGAGUGGAAUGCAGAUUAUACAUUGAAAGAACAACAGGUGCAUGAUUUGUUGUAAACCAAUAACCAAGUGAGGUUGUGGGUAGGCUUGGGCAAGUUUCUCAAGUUAAACCGCCCUACAGGACAGAGUUGGAAAGUGCUUCAUAUGCUUAAAAAUGCUAUAGGAAUGAUUAAGAACGAUUCUUCUGUUUUUUAUAGAGGAUUCUUUGAAAGAAGUUUUUAAAAGCCUUUGAGUAUCUUCAUAUGGUUCUGCUCAUUCAUCACCUCAAGUGUAGCAAAUCAUCCAAGUGGCCUUGUAGUUGAAAAGGAUUAAAAAGUCAUCCAGUGACUUUAUCAGCACUUGAAAAAUAUCUCUUCCAGAAAGAGAGCGAUUUAUACAGCAGGAUACAAUGUUAUACUUAGCAGACAAUUGUUUGAAAUGUUGCGUUUUAGUCUCCCAUUGUAAAUAACAAAACCACUUCUUCAAGUUAAAGAUUAAUGAGAAACAUUGCAUGCAACAAGACUAUGCUUGUUUGCCAAAUUAGGGAAAAUAGAUUUUCACAUUUUUUCAAUCAUAGUUCCAACUUCACAUGGUUUUGGACAAUCAUUUUCCUGCCUCUUUUAAUUGCAUUGUCAUAAUACAAUGAGAGAGAGAAAAUAUUUGUUUUCAGACAAGCUUAUGUAUUAGCUCCAUCUGCUACCCUUACACUGGCAAUUUACUGGGCAAAACUAGUUCCGGUCACAAUGCUGGUAAUUAACUAGUUUAUUUCAUUUUAGUUUAUUUAUCGCAUUUAUAUAACACCUUUAUCUUCCAAGGAUCUUAAGGUGGUGUACAUGGUCCUCCUCCUCCCCAUUUCAUCCUCACAACAACCCUGUGAGGCAGGUUAGGCUAUAAGAGACGUUGACUGGCCCAAGGUCACCAAGUGAACUUCAUGGCUGAGUGGGAGUUAGAGAGCGUAGUCAUUGCUGCUUCCCUCCCCAUCCCCAACAUCAUGCUUUCCAUGGGAAGUUAGCUGUGUUCUGCUUGUCCUGAUAGUGGAGAUAACGGCUGUUAAAAGCACAGGAACCCUGUUUUUCCCAUGCCAACCCUAAACUGAAGCAUAGGCUGCCAUACUGUAAGCAAUCCCCAUUAAACACAGAGAGGCUUGCAUCUGAGUAGACACGUGUGCCAUUGUACUGUAAGUUAACCAUACAAUGAAUGUUAAUGGGCUCCUGGCUUUAGGGUUUACAUAGCAAGUGGCUAAGCUGCUUUGCAAAAGUUUCACAUUUUGCAAUUGCCAUUUGGGAAGGGGAUUCUUAACAUCCACCCACACUUACUGUGUAGUAGUAUUUGCAAAAAAUAAUGUCUAGGGCAGUGUUUCUCUGCCUUUUUAAACCAAUGCCGCCUUUCAUGUAAAAAUUCCACAUGCACUUAAAUCCUGGCUCCCAUAAUCAUUUUUUAAACAUUGAAAUAGCUUGAAAUAUCAUGACGUUUAAUUUUUAACUUUUAUUGUGCAUAUUUUUGGAAACAUGCCCCUUGUCCCAAGAUUUUCAUAUGCCCCCGUUGGGGGGCAUGUGUUCCAAUUGAGAAGCAGUGAUCUAGGGAGUAGCUGAUCUCAGAUGAACCCACCACAGAAAAGAUGCAUCCUGGGUGUUAGGGAAAAAGGAAGGGCAAACUAUGGAAAAAACACACAGCUCUGUAGGAACUCGUUCCAGAGGUCCGUUCUUAACCUGAAACUGUUCUUAACCUGAAGCACAACUUUAGCUAAUGGGGCCUCCUGCUGCUGCCACGCUGCCGGAGCACGAUUUCUGUUCUCAUCCUGAAGCAAAGUUCUUAACCCGAGGUACUAUUUCUGGGUUAGCGGAGUCUGUACCCUGAAGCAUAUGUAACCUGAAGCGUAUGUAACCCGAGGUACCACUGUACUGAAUUCACUCAUUGGCUAAAACACUGACAGGAAGGAGUAGCUAGGUUGGCUCAUUUUUCAGAAAUUGCUUAGAAGGGUACCAGCACUGUUUGUUGGAAAACUUUCAAUCUAGGCAGUGUUCAAAGCUCCCAUUCUAGGCGCAUUUUGUGACAGGGAAUUUCAUUAGUGAGAGCAGUUUGUGAGCUCUGGGUGCAGUACUGUGCCUAAGAUUUCAGAUUCAGACUGCAGAGUGGAAGGAAAGGAGGACCCUUUUCUGCCUCCCGAUUUCCAGCUACUCUCUGAAGACUGGAGAAGAAACCCUCUUAAGAAUAUUAGGGGGUGGGUAGGGGAAGGACUAGACUAUGUGAAAAAUGAACGUAAUAUUUUAGCUGCAGUUCAUUCAUUUUCAGCUUUGUAUUCUUAUAAAAAAGCACGGCCUAGACAUUCCGUUGUUGCACCCAUAACCUAGGUUUAAGGUGCCAUUUAGCUCCUAGAUUUCGUAUCUAUUUUUAAUACUGAUUCUAGGUAGGCUAGAGACUUGCGUUUUUUUUUUAAAUGAAAGCUUAGCUUCUGGGGGUGACACUGGAGGCCUUCACAGGUGGUAUGGCACCCACAAGCACUAUCUAGUGCAGUGCUGUGACAUUAGUUCCUCAACUUUUUAGAAGAUUUGCCCAGCCCUGAACUUCGAUCUUUUUAGCUAGAAGUAGCCAGGAUCCAGUCUAGGGCAUUCGGAAAGCUAAGUAUUUGUACCACUUUGUAUUGAGUUCAUUCUCUCUCUCUCCCUGGUCCAUCAGAGAUGCAGAAGGUCCACAUAAGGAUGACUAUGGAAAACAGCCUCUUCCUUUUUGCAACCAAUGCUGCAUGAUAAAAAUGCAUGCAUGAAGCUGCUGUUAUUUUGGAGGGCUAGGCAGACACAUCUGUCCACACAGAAUGAGUGGUAUUUUGACUGUUUAUGUAGCUACACGCACUUUGGGGAGAAACUACUCAUUUCCACAUUACUAAUUCACAUUAGAAGGGGAAGCAAUGGAGGCAGUGAGAGAUUUUACUUUCUUGGGCUCCAUGAUCACUGCAGAUGGUAACAGAAGUCACGAAAUUAAAAGACACCUGCAUCUUGGGAAAAAAGCAAUGACAAACCCAGAUAGCAUCUUAAAAAGCAGAGACAUCACCUUGCCAACAAAGGUCUGUAUAGUUAAAGCUAUGGUUUUCCCAGUAGUGAUGUAUGGAAGUGAGAGCUGGACCAUACAGAAAGCUGAUCGCCGAAGAAUUGAUGCUUUUGAAUUAUGGUGCUGGAGGAAACUCUUGAGAGUCCCAUGGACUGCAAGAAGAUCAAACCUAUCCAUUCUUAAGGAAAUCAGCCCUGAGUGCUCGCUGGAAGGACAGAUCCUGAAGCUGAGGCUCCAAUACAUUGGCCACCUCAUGAGAAGAGAAGACUCCCUGGAAAAGACCCUGAUGUUGGGAAAGAUUGAGGGCACAAGGAGAAGGGGAUGACAGAGGACAUGAUGGUUGGACAGUGUUCUCGAAGCUACCAGCAUGAGUUUGACCAAACUGUGGGAGACAGUGGAAGACAGGCGUGCCUGGCGUGCUCUGGUCCAUGGGGUCAUGAAGAGUCGGACACGACUAAACGACUAAACAACAACGUACAGUUUCAUCACAUAUGAGUGCAGCUACCAUAUUGUAACUAGAGUACAUUAUCUCCUUUGGCACAAUUCUAAUCCAUAAAUGUAGUGUGGUGAUCUAAUAAAUGAUUAUUGGUUCAAUUCCAUUUUCUUGCUGUAUGUGUCCAGAUGUUUUUUUGGAUUACACAUUCCAGUAGGGAAGAGCUUUAGCUCAGUGGUAAAGCACAUGCUUUUGCAUGCCUAAGGUUCCACAAUUCCCCUGCCGUCUCCAGGUAGGACUGGUGAAAACUCCACCUUGCUACCCUGAAGAGUCACCAUCAGUCAGGGUCAGAUGGACUGAUGGUCUUACUUAAUAUAAGGCAAUUUCCAAUGUUCCUGUGUCAGAGGCAGGGAACCAUUUUGGCCUGACAGGCCAGAUGUUGUUGAUCCCCACCCCUGCAGGUCAACUUUGACAGGUGGGUGGGGCAACUCCCCAGUUAGUCUCUAGUUUCUACAGGAUUCAAUAUGUUUGGUUUUUAAGCAGUUUCCUCGCCUACUGAAGUGUGUGAGAGAGAGAAAGCAAGCAAGAGCGAGGGGGGAGGCGGGCAGGCAGGCAUCAGAGUUUUAGCUAACAGAUUCUUUGGUGCAUUGUUAUGAAGGGAGCACGAGGAAUCUCUAAUUUUAACAGCAUUUCAUCUGUCAAACCUCAUCCAAAUGUAACAG